AUGGAUUGUAAGACUACUAACACCAAGGCUUUUUCUAAAAAGAGAACUGAAAAGAACGGUAUUUCUCGCAAGAUUGCUGAUAAAACAUCUAACAAUAACAAUGACUCCUUUGAUGGUGGCAAAUGUAAAUUUGAAAAGAGAAAGGAAGACACUAAGCAAAAUAAAAGAUUGGUUCAAAAGCUAUUAAAGGGAUCUGCAUAUGCAUGA